AGAUAACUCUAUUUAGAAAUCUAGCAACACCUGUCAAAUUUUCAUUUGUACGUUAGCAUUUGAAACUUAUGUACAAGAGCACCCUGAUAUUAUCUUAAUGGGGGAUCCUGGUAUCACUACUUUUAUGAAAAAUGUUCUCAGUAACUACUCGUCCAUUAGAGGUAAAGAUAAAGACAGUGGCCAUGCAAAAUUUUGGGAUGUGGUAGUCAUAACAACAGCAGAUGAAGAUCAGAAAGAUAUAUUUGAUGCUCAGCUGAAAGACAAACUAGACAGAAAGGAAGUGCCAUUAAAUCUACCUAUUCAUAUCAUAUCAGAUCCACCGGGGACUAAACUUGGAAAUGGAGGUUCUACUUUGACUGCUUUGGACUUUCUACACACGGAGUAUGGUGCUAGUUUGUAUGACUACAGGGUGUUACUAUUACAUGCUGGAGGGCAGAGUAAAAGAAUGCCUAGCGCUAGCAUACUGGGCAAAAUAUUCUCUGCAAUCCCCACUGGGAACCCUUUAUACCAGAUGUUAGACUUCAAACUAGCAAUGUAUUGGCCAUUUCUACCUAGGAUGCCUGCUGGGGUGUUUCUAUCAUGUGCAGAUGAUUUCUUGGUUUAUAACCUUGGUGAUGAAACAUUGCCAUGGAAAUUUGCAGAGACUGGUUUUACAGCUUUAGCUCAUCCCUCCACUAUACAGAUGGGUACCCAGCAUGGUGUGUAUGUUCUAGAGAACCCUGAAAGUAUAGACACAUCCAAACAUAUCUUGAACCAGAAAUGUACAGAAGUGUUACAGAAGCCAUCGGAGACAGUUAUGUACAAGAAAGACGCUGUAAUAAAAGACAAAAAGUUAAAAUUCCCAGGUGAUAUAAAAGUCAAAGGUCAUGUAGCUUACACAGACAGUUCUUUCUUCUUUGGAAUGGAUGUUGCUAAGAAACUAAUUGGUUUUUACAAAGAAAAUUCUCCAAUUACUUGUGAAAUAGAUGCUUAUGGUGAUUUCCUUCAGGCUCUUGGACCAAAUGCUACCAUUGAUUACACAUCACAUAUCCCUAAUGUCAGCAACCCAACAACAAGCCUGGUACCAACCAGAGAAAAAAUCUUCAAUUUACUGAAAGGAACUGAUAUCUCACUUCUAUUGAUGAACUCCUCUAGGUUCAUACAUAUUGGAACUACUAAAGAAUUUUCUCAACAUUUCUGUUUCGACAAACAGUUCCAAGAAGAAGUAGGCUUAGAAAUGGAUGUCUUCAAUAAUUGGGUAGAAAAUAGAGAAAGUAAAGAGUGCUCAAAGAAGAUGAAAUUUUCCGAUGUCAACCAAGGUUGUGUAAUGCAUUCUUGCUUAACAUCAGAUUCAACUGUAUCACCUGGUACCGUUGUUGAAUAUUUCCAUGCGGACAUACCUGUAAACAUUGGUCAAAAUUCUAUAAUUAGUAACUGUAGUUUGUUGACAUCAGAGCUGAGUGAGAGUCUAGAUCAGUGUGAUGUCCCACACGACAUAUUUUUACACACUGUGCCUGUAUUUCACAAUGGUUCCACAAUGUAUGUCACAAUCUUCUUCCACGUAAAUGAUAAUCUCAAAAAACAAGCACCUGCUAAGGACCUAAUCUUUCUACAGAGGACACUUGGUGAUGUAUCAUCUAUAUGUAAACUAGACGUACAAAAAUUAGCAAACAAAGGAAGCGGUGAUGGAGAAAAUUCAGGGAAAUUAAGUCUUUGGACAGCUCAAAUUUAUCCUCUUGAGAAAACAAUGUCAAAAUCAUUUCUAUUAUCACUAAAAACUAUUACGAAAGUAAGAACUGAGAAUAAGUCUGAUUUGUAUCUCAAAGAUUAUCCAUUAGUUUCCAUUGCUGAAAUAUUGAAAAUCAAAAAUUUCAAAACUAUGUUGAAUUUCAGAAGCAAAUUGAAUAGAACUAUACGUGACAAUCAAUAGGGGUUUUAUUUAUGUAACUGUAAGGGGAAAUAACUAUUUUUUAUAAUUAAAUUAUUUAUUAUUAUAUAUUCAGAGGUAAUUUUUAAUAAAUUUGGUAAUACAUAGA